AAUCCGUCCAACCGCCUCCGCUGAGUCCCAUCUCUCCCUCGGUAGCCCCAAACGCUCGUUAGCGCGGCCCUCUUGUUACUCCGUGAGUUCUUUUCUUCCGGCCUCUCUCUCCCUACCAAAAUUAGAAGAAAAAAGAAAAAUCCGAAGCACUCCCCCCUCCUAUUUUGAUCGCUGGAUCGUAUUCCCUUCUUCCUCCCUAAAUAUCAUUCUUCGCCCUCUCCGUUCGCAAUCCCAUUCACCUCUCCCUCCCUCUCUCGAUCGAUAAGAGAGGACGAAUCGGAUUUAGAUCGGAGAAGCGGAGGAAUAGAGGAAGGAUAACUUGAAAAGAUCCAUCCCUUGCCCUACAACAUCACCAUCAUCACCAUGGGAACAGGCGUCUACGACCUCUACUUCGAAGUUAUCACUAGUUGGUAAAAUUACACCGUUAAGUGGAAAAUAAUGAAAGCCCACUGGACCCACAAGCAGCGAUGCCCAUGUGGGGAUGAUCAAUGUUAUCUUGAUGCUGAUAGUUAUGAGGAAGAUGAAUUAGUGGAACCAAUGGGACUGACGGAGCCGAACCUUUCACGUGGAACACCCCAAACUUCUUUAGGUGCGAGCAAGAUUGUUGCACCUCCAUAUGUAGGACAGUCAUUCCAGAGUGAUGAUGAGGCCCUGGAGUAUUAUACCAGCUUUGCGCGGAGUAAUGGUUUCCUGGUCAGGCGAGAGCGCUCCAAGGGGAAUCCAGAGCAUCCAUUGGGAGUAUACAAGCGGGAACUUGUUUGCCAUCGUGCCGGCCCCCCUCUGCCUAUAAAAUCAGGGGAAGCAAAACGCCAGAGAAAGAAGAAACCAUCACGGUGCAAAUGUGAUGCUCAAAUGGUGAUAAAGAAGAACAUCUCAGCAGGCGUAACUCGAUGGGUGGUUGUCAAUUUUAAUAAUGUGCAUAACCAUGAGCUGUUGGAUAGCAAUGAUGCACAAUAUUUCCCUGGCUACCGUUAUAUAUCAGCAGUUGACCGUGAGCGUAUCUUAGCGCUAGCAAAGGGUGGUUGCAAUGUCAAUCUUAUAAUGAGGGCUCUGGAAAUGGAAAAAGGAGUGAGGCCAGGUGAGUUGACGUUUACAGAGAAGGAUUUGAAAAAUUUCCUUCAGGCCUCUAUGAGCAUUAAUCCAGAAAGUGAAGGAUCAGAACUUCUUAAGGCUUGCAAGGCUAUGAAAGAGAAGAACCCUGACUUCCGUUAUGAGUUUACAUUGUAUGAAAAUAAUAAGCUCGAGCAUCUUAUUUGGUCGUAUGCAGGAUCGGUUCGUGCAUACAAAUUGUUUGGAGAUGUGCUGUUUUUUGACACAACUUAUCAUCUACAUUCAUAUGACAGACCUGCUGGGGUAUGGUUUGGUGUGGAUAACCAUGGGCAUACCAUAUUCUUUUGUUGCGUUGUCCUGCUAGACGAAAAGCCAGAUUCAUACAAAUGGGCCUUGCAGGCAUUUCUCCGGCUUAUGGAUAAGAAAUUCCCGCAAACAAUAUUAACAGAUUUUCAUAUGGGGCUGAAAGAUGCUGUUUCAGUUGAGUUACCAAGCACAAAGCAUGCAUUUUCUAUUUGGCAUUUAAUGUCCAAGCUACCUAGUUGGUUUUCUGCCUCACUGGGUCCACAAUAUGAGAAGUUUAAGUCUGAGUUUUAUAGAAUACAUGAUCUGGAUACUGAGGAGGAAUUUGAGCAUCAAUGGAAUCAGAUGGUUAUUGAUUUUGGACUUGGCUCAGAUAAUAAGCAUAUAGCCCUACUCUUUUCUCAUCGGUCCUAUUGGGCAGUUCCAUACUUGCGAAAUUGGUUUUUUGGUGGAUUAUUGACAACUGGUCAUUCAAUGUCAAUUAGGUCUUUUUUCAGAGGAUUCUUAAACUCACAAACUCGUCUUAAGGAUAUCGUAGAGCAGGUGGGUGUUGCAGUUGAUUUCCAAAAUCAAGCAGGAGAAGAGGCAACAACACAACAAAGUCAACAGAAUAUCAAGAUUAGGACAUGCUUGCCCAUCGAAGAACAUGCAUCAACCAUCCUUACACAUUAUGCUUUUGAGAUGUUUCAGAAGGAAAUCAUGUUGUCAACACAAUUUGCAGUUUUUGAGACGUCAAGAGAGAAUUAUCUUGUUCGACACCACUUGAAGUCGGAUGGAGGGCACGUGGUAAGCUGCAUCCCAUUGAAUGAAGAUAUCUGUUGCACUUGCAGAGGAUUUGAGUGCACUGGAAUAUUGUGCAGGCACGCCCUUCGGGUGUUGUCAUUGAAGAAUUGUUUUCUUAUUCCAGAGAAAUAUCUGUUGCAUCGAUGGCGUCGCGAAAGUUCAUUGUUUCCAAAAAGUAGUGGCUAUAAGUAUCGCUCGCAAGCACUGAGGUCCCUUGCUUCUAUCAUCAUUCAGGAAUCAUCAAUAACAAAGGAUCGUUUCGAUUAUGUUCAGUGGCAUUUGAGCCGGCUUCUUAAUCAUGUGAGGGACAUGCCGGCUACAGAUGAGGCUGCUUCAGACUUGGAGCCAAGCUCAUCAUUCGAUGCUACAGUGGAUGUUGUUCCUGCACGCUCGGUCACUAGAGGAAGGCCCAGAAAAAUUAGAGGGAUUGUCAAAGCAGCGAAGGAAACACAGGCAUCUUCAUAGGGUGAUCUGAUCGGAUGAAAGAGGUAAUGUCACAGCAGAAAGAGGAACGAAGUGUCUGCAUCAAUGGCAGAAUACUCGCUUAGGCUUCGGCACUAGAGGGGGCAAAAAAAAAAAAAGAAGGUGAGGCAAGAAAAGGAAAGGAAAAAAAGAAGGUGCCUCUCUUUUUGGUACCAAGAUGCAGGAUGUGCUGCUAUUGCGAGUUCGUGCAAUGGUUCAAGUUACCAAACCAGAAGUAAUUUUGCUGAGCAUGGUGCAACCCUCUCCAAAGGAGUUCUUGUCCAUAUCAUGUAUGUAUGCUGAGAGGAGCUUUAAGCUCAACUCUCCUUCCGAGGUCUAGUCUAUUGCUUAUAUGCUAGGGGAAAAAGUUUUAAGCUCAAUUCCUUGAUAGUUCAUCUGAGAGCCAUUUCCGUUUAUACAAGUGUUUAACAGCACUCCAGCACCUUGAGAGGGUGACAGCAGCAAGCACCUGAAACAUAAUAUAUCUGCACUAGCUAGCUCCGGUUUUGUUAUUCUCCGGAUCCAUCUUUAACCUGCUCAAGUUGCUAAUGCCGCAAAAUGUCCAACAUCAGGAAACGGAUCAGAUUUCAUAAAGCUGCCCAUACUUUAUAUACACACACAACUAUUGAUUAUGUUCGGUAUCCAUUCCUCCCUCUUUCUCCCU